AGUACUAGUAGUAUUUUGAAUUGUUUGUAUACAAAAUGAUUGUGCUUGAAAAGCUUCAGUGGUUUCAGAAUUGUUUAAGUGGUUUGUCAAAUGAUAAUGAAAGGGGAUAUAUUUUGCCUGAAAUAAAAUUGGCGCUUAGUGUUUUAAAUUUAGAACAAUUGCGAUUUUUAUCAAGAAACGUUGAUCUAAAUAUGGUGUUUGAUUGUUUAAAUUCUUCUGAUAGGGAACAAAUAAGCAAUGCGUGUGAUAUUAUAAGUACCAUGGUCACACCCUUGGAACCCAGAGAUAUCUGCUCCCGCUAUGAGGUUCCUAUGAAAAGAGCCCUUGCACAUCCAAUGCCUCAGGUUGUCGUGAUGGUGUUAAAACAGUUCAAAGUGUUGUUCGCUGACGGGAAUGCGGUAAAGCAGAUGGGAUGUAUCGGAGAGCUGGUCGCUGCCGUGAUCUUGUGCUGUGGCCAUGAGGAAUUGUCGGUGGCGCAGAAUGCAGUGCAGGCACUCGUCAACCUGUCGAAGCACCCGGCUGGCUUGACGCUCCUCUUCUCCACAGGCAUCCAGAAACUCCUUCGAGAAGCCAUGCAGAAGAACGACAUUGUCCGCUUCAGGAUAUAUGAGGUGGUGGCGAGCGUGGCGGGCAGCUCGCAGCAGGGACUGGCCGCCUGCCACGCCAGCGGCCUGCUCCCGGCGAUGCUGCAGGAGGGGCUGGGCGAUGGCGACGUGCUCCGGCAGCUCAGCGCCAUGACACUGCUGUCGGAGCUGGUGGCCCAGAGGCACGGCUUCGAGUACCUGCAGGAGCACGGGGUCCUGGCCUCGCUCGUCACCCUCGUCCUCGGCCAGGACCACCUCGCUUCACCCAUCCUGUUGCCCGGAGUGGUGAAAUUUUUCGGCAAUGCAAUUCAAUCAUGGCCAAAGGACAUGUUCAAGAUGUAUCAGCCUGUAGUUGCAGCUCUGUUCAAAAUGUUGGAGACAGCUGACCUUACAUUGCUUGGGAUAGUAAUGGAAACUGUUGGUUACAUCGCUAGUACAUCAGAUGGAAAGCACAUGCUAAAUAAUUUAGAAGUAGAAAUGUUGAAGGCAAUGAGAAUUCUGGGAGAAAAGAUAAAGUCUUUGCCAUUUGAGUUUAAAGUGAGAGCUCUUAACACAGUUGCAAAUCUUAUUGAGAUCAAGAGUGAAGAUGAUACUCAAGAACUCUCCGAGAUAUCUCUGAAGUGGUUCAGAAGCUUGGGAGCAGACCCUGUGGAACUGGUGAUGUAUGCGUGCAGCCAGCCAUUCCCUGAGCUGCGGUUGGCAGCCCUGCAGGUGCUCAAGUCUCUGGUCUCAUGGCGUUGGGGUCUCGACUACCUCAAGAUGUCUCCAGGUUUGCUGGAAUAUCUGAUGGACAGGUCAUCAGAGUCCAACAAGCUGUGCAUCCACGCAAAGUUCGACGUGGUGGAGGCCAUAGUGAAUUCUCCCUAUGCAGAAGAAGUGCUUGAGUUGGAAACAUUAGAACGUCUGAAGAAAUUUGAAUGUGAAGGACCAUUCUUCGUUCUUGCUCGCACAGAAGUUGCUGUUGAGCGAGACUCAUAGAUGGCGGACUGGUACCAUUAACUCGUAUAUAGUCAUUUUUGUGAUCAUCAGGGGACGUGCCAAGCGUGUUGGUGUGCCAAAUGAAGCUUUAUGAUAGUGAAACUAUCCUGGAAUACAUUUAGUACAUUUUAAUGGUCAUAACAAGAAAUAAUCACAACUUAAAAAGAACUUGAGAAAAUUAUAAAGGCAGUUCUAUUUUUGUGCAAAGGUGCUUCUGUCUCUAGUAUUUUUGCUGUAAAAAUUGUAUCGAAGGUUGAGAAACGUUCACUGGAAUGCACUGAAACCAGUUUGUAGCCUCUCGCAGAACACAAGUUAUUAAAAUGGUUGCCAAUUUGUUUCCUGACUGGGAUUUGGUUUGGAAUUGUUCUGGAAUAUGGCCCCCGAGGUAGGUUAAGGUUGUAUCCCAACAAGGCAGUGCUUAUUUGCUAUAUUAUCCAAAUGGCUUGGAAUACCGCCCUUUAGAUAUUUGAAUAUGACUGUUGCUUAUGUAAACUCGCCUUGUUCAUG